GAAGGAACUAUAUAUGUCUGGAAAUGAGUUCAACGGGCCCAUUCCAAGUUCCUUAUCCAACAUCUCCGGAAUUGAAUAUCUCUACUUAUCAAGAAAUGACUUCCGUGGUUCAAUUCCUUCACUUGGAAAGAUGACUGAUCUUCUCGAGUUGAAUCUAGCCAACAACGAUCUCAUUUCCACCACGGAUCUCAUCGGUCGUUUUUUCGAUUCUCUUACAAACUGCACCCAUUUGGAGGUGUUCUCGCUGACAACCAACCGUUUAGCAGGCCAGCUCCCAACUUCAAAUGGGAAUCUCUCCACCCAUCUCCAAGAUUUUAGUGUGGAUGACAAUCUCUUUUCAGGUUCAUUCCCACGUGGCGUCCACAACUACCGCAACCUAACAAUCCUAGAUCUGCAACAAAAUUCCUUCACGGGAAGCGUCCCCAAGUCCAUUGGCCUACUCCGCAAACUGCAGAAAUUCUCUCUCCAAGAAAACAGCUUUGCCGGAGAAAUACCAGACAUUUUCAGCAAUCUUACACAGUUGUAUCGGCUCAAUUUAAGUGAUAACCAGUUCUAUGGCAGGAUUCCGCUGAGCAUAGGUGACUGUCAGCAUCUGGAACUGUUGGAUAUCUCUGGCAACAAGCUCACAGGAAACAUACCCAAAGAGCUCUUCAAUCUCCCAGAUUUAACCUUCAACUUGAGCUUAGCUAGGAACUUUCUUAAUGGUCCCCUGCCAAUAGAAGUGGGUCAGCUGAACAUGCUCGGUUUCAUGGACAUCUCUGAGAAUGAGCUAUCAGGGACUAUUCCUGUCUCCAUUGGUGACUGUUCAAGCUUACUAGGCCUGAACAUAGCCAGGAACCGAUUCGAAGGCCUGAUCCCAGAAUCAUUUGGCCGAUUAGGAAGCCUGGAGAGCUUGGACCUUUCAUUUAAUAAUCUAUCUGGACAGAUCCCAAUUGGCUUAGAGAAGCUCAGGUUUCUGCAGAACCUGAAUUUGUCCUUCAACAAUCUCCAAGCAAAGGUGCCAGUUGAGGGGGUUUUCAGAAUCAUUGGCUGGGAAUCAUUGCAAGGAAAUAAGGGGCUCUGUGGUGACACAAAGGAUACACAGAAGAAGUUGAGGCUGCCUGCAUGCAGCAAGAAUGGGUCUUCUUCUCUUAAGCUCAAAAUUGCUGUUCCAAUUGCUAGCUCUGUGGCACUUUUAUGUGUUCUCUUCUCUUUAAUAUCUAUAGCGAAUUCAAAGAAACGGAAAAGCAAUAUUGAAGGAAGUUCCUGGCGUGCUUCCUUCAAAGGUCGACGUAGGAAGAUAUCAUAUGAAGAUAUUUUAUCUGCAACAAACAAUUUCGACUCGAGGAAUUUGAUAGGUAAGGGAGGCUUCAGCUCGGUUUAUAAAGGAAUUAUUAGUGGUGAAAAUGGAAAAUCCACUACCGUUGCCAUUAAGGUGCUUGACCUCAAUAAAAGAAAAGCUUCUAAGAGCUUUGCAUCAGAAUGCGAGACUCUGAGAAACAUUCGGCAUCGUAACCUGGUCAAGAUCAUCACGUCAUGCUCCAGCAUCGACCACAGCAGAGCCGAAUUUAAAGCUCUUGUUAUGGACUUCAUGUCUAAUGGCAGUCUGGAGGAAUGGCUGCAUCCGGGGGAGAGCGCGACUAUGAUGAGACUGAAUCUGCUUCAGAGACUGAACAUCAGUAUAGAUGUAGCUGCCGCCAUGGACUAUCUGCACCAUGAUUGUGACCCACCUGUGGCCCACUGUGAUCUGAAACCAGGCAAUGUGCUCUUGGACGAUGAGAUGAUUGCUCAUGUUGGGGAUUUCGGAUUGGCGAGAUGUCUCUUUCCUUCGGAGAAGCACAGUAGCACAAUCGAACUGAAGGGAUCUGUUGGGUAUAUUGCCCCAGAGUAUGGUUUAGGCAGCAAAGCAUCGAUGAGUGGAGAUGUUUACAGCUACGGAAUACUAUUGUUGGAGAUUUUGACAGGCAAGAAGCCCACAGAUGACAUGUUCAAGGAUGGAUUAAAUCUGAAUAAAUUUGCAGCUGCAGUAUUUGAGAAUCGAGUUGCAGAAAUUGUUGAUCCUGGCAUGCUGGAAGACGAUGAUGACUUUGAGAGAAGUAACAGCACCAGCAGAAACACCUACACAAACAGCAACAUCAGCAAUGAUAGUAUUAGUGGCGGAAGUCACGGAAACAUAAAUAAUGAGACAGGACUCAAUUGGCAGAGUAGAAAAGAAGAGUGUUUGGAGGACCUGAUACGAAUCGGUCUUUCAUGCGCGGCAUACACACCCAAGGUUCGUCCCAAAAUGAGAGAAAUUUUAGUUGAAAUGCACCACAUAAAAGAAUCAUUGUUUCAGUUGGGAGGGAACUAAUUUUCUUUCAAAAUCAAUUCUUAUCAUGAUAGUAAUUUGUGGUGGAUCAAGAGAGUCAUGUUUUAGUUCAAGAGCUUUAGGGAGACUUUAUCGUGUGGAUUUUCCUUGUAAAUAAUAUGAUGAUGAAAAUAAUUUUUUGUGGCUUUUCCUUUAUUUUAAUGAUGAUGCACAGGUCUAGAACUAG